UCUCCUUUUUUCCCCCUCUUCUUCUUUCCUUUUUUCCCUUCUUAAUUUGCAGUUCGUCGUUGUGUGGUUUUUGUGGUUGUUCCGCUGUUACGAAAAUAACUUGACCGAAUUAUUAGCUGAAUCUUUAGUUAAACAAAAGAAAGAGCAAAAACAUUGGGACAUCGAUGAAGUCGUGUGUCGUGUGCUAAGUGUGAACGGAAAGGUUUCUCUCGCAGCAGCAGUUGGUCAUUUCCGGUCAGUAAUCAAACGCCCGAACAAGUGCAGUCCUGUGGACUGUUGGUCAGAUUCAUAGAUUUACAACCAAGAACACCGCGUCCGGUCUUCUCGGCGAAUGCCAUGCAACGUACCAAGGCCUACUUUAGCCCCCUUCUUCUUCCAGCAGCAGCCUCUCCAGGCGACCUCCUGGGUGGAGUGAUGGUGUCUUCUUCCUCGCCAUCUUCGCCCGAUGCUGCGCUCUUACUCGGGCCAGAUUUCCACGGGCGAAAUGCUAAUCGCAUUGAUCAACGCAGAAUGGCUUCCGUCUUCCCUGAUCCAGACGCUCCAACAGAGACACAACACUGCCCCAUCUGCCUCAACCGUUACGACGAUCCACGUGUUUUGCCUUGCUUCCACACAUACUGCCGACGCUGCCUAGAUGCUCACGUAGCCGGCCGUCUUCGUUUUCCGUGUCCGUCCUGUCGGGAAGAAGUCUAUUUAGGCGAAGGUGGAACUAUCGAUACGUUGCCCACCAAUUCCUUCAUCGGAGACAUCCUCAAAGUGGUCAGCGAUGUUCCAGAAUAUGAUUCGCCUUCCGUCCUGGAUCGCGGCAGUGGCGGCAGCGGAAGCGGUUAUGAGACCGCAGUCGGGGCCGCCAAAGUGCCCAGCCGGGCCUACAUUUGCUCCAACUGCGACGAAGGAGCCGUGGCAUCCUCUCGUUGUCGAGACUGUAACGAAGUGCUGUGCGACAGCUGCGUUAGGGCUCAUCAGCGGGUCCGUCUGACCAAAGAUCAUUACAUCGUCCGUUUCACCGAAGACUUGUCGAAAACUGUCGGCUUGCCUGUAGGCCUCUCACUUUUCUCCAGCCCUUCUUUCUCGUACUGCGAUAUCCAUCCGGCUGAAGUCUUGCGUCUCUUUUGCGACAUGUGCUCCGUUGCCAUUUGCUCCGAAUGCACACUCAGAGACCAUCGAGGACAUUCAUUCAUUUAUCUCAAAGAUGCCGUGGAGAAUUCAAAGACCAUUAGCCUUAAAUUGCUGGCCGAUGCCAAAGCCGGAAUGCGAGCCGUCGAAGAAAGCAUGGAGAUGACUAGUAAAAUGGCAGAAAGAAUCGAACUUCGAGCUCAAGCUAUCGCCACAGAAAUACGAACGGCCACACGCCGUCACAUGGCAGCACUGGAAGAACGGGAACGCGAACUUUUGCAACGCGUCGAGAAGAUUCGUCAAGUUAAAGGCAAAUCGCUUCAUUUACAGUUGGAUGAAUUGCGAAUGGCCUUGCUACGUCUCGGAUCCACAGCCGAAUUACUCAAAACAGCCCUCGAAUCCGGCUCCGACGUCGAGAUUCUUCACACAAAAGACAAAGCAUUAAUCGAAUUUCAGCAUUUAAGACAAAUACGUAGCAGUUUGCAACCACAAGAAGACGAUAUCAUCCAAUUCAACCCGCCUGAUGGCGCUCUACUCCAGGCCAUUUGCUCCCUGGGUCUCAUAUCCAGUUCCGGAUUUGGUCCGACAUCUGUAGCCUUUGGCGAUGGAAUCAAACGCGCUCUGUGUAACCAUGUCGCUUGUAUGACGGUCCACGUCAAAGAUCAUCAAGGAGAUCCACGUCUUGUUGGAGGUGAUCCUAUCGUUGCCAUCGUCGAAGGGCCGAAUGGUGUCUCUUACCGGGCUGACGUGGAAGAUCGUCAGAACGGUACGUACGUCAUGACUUAUCGACCUCAAGUGGAAGGCCGGCACAUUAUCACCGUGUUGAUUCGAGGCCGGCACAUUAACGGAUCACCAUUCACCGUCAAAGUUCGUAGUGGACGAGAUUAUUCGACUGUUGGUCAGCCUUUAUUAGCGUUCGGUAAGGAGGGUGAGAGUGAAGGAGAAUUGUGUCGCCCGUGGGGCGUCGCUUGUGACAAGGAUGGCUACAUCAUCAUCGCAGAUCGCAGUAACAAUCGCGUUCAGAUUUUCAACUCGGCCGGAGUCUUCCAUCAUCGUUUCGGUUCGCCUGGAACUCGCCCCGGCCAAUUCGAUCGGCCGGCUGGUGUCGCUUCAGAUCAUCUGGGUCGCAUUAUUGUUGCUGAUAAGGAUAACCACCGCAUCCAAGUCUUCACGUUCGACGGCACGUUCCUCUUCAAGUUUGGUGAGAAGGGAACGAAAAACGGCCAGUUCAACUAUCCAUGGGAUCUGGCAGUCAACUCUGAAGGCCAGAUCUUGGUGUCCGACACCCGAAACCACCGCAUCCAGCUCUUCGCAGCAGACGGCACGUUCAUCAACAAGUACGGCUUCGAGGGAACGCUUUGGAAACACUUUGACUCUCCGCGAGGUGUGUGUUUCAAUCACGAGGGACAUAUAGUCGUGACCGACUUCAACAACCAUAGGUUGUUAGUCAUCAAUCCCGAUUUCCAGUCGGCUCGCUUCUUGGGUACGGAAGGCUCGGGCAACGGCCAAUUCUUGCGCCCCCAAGGCGUCGCUGUCGACUCCGAAGGACACAUUAUCGUGGCCGAUUCGCGUAACCAUCGCGUUCAAAUCUUCCAACCGAACGGCAACUUUUUGACGAAAUUCGGUACUCACGGAGCGGGACCAGGUCAGAUGGAUCGACCAAGCGGCGUCUGCAUUUCACCUGAAGGCUACAUCAUCAUCGUAGACUUUGGUAACAACCGAGUGCAGAUCUUCUAA